AUGAGAAGCAAAAACAAAGGCAUGCAAGCUCUGAUUUUUGAGAAAAAUCCUUUGCCGGUAUCUGUACCAUGUUGUGGUCAUUCUCUUAAUUUAGUUGGAAAGGCUGCUGCUAAUGCUUGCACAUCGGCUGUACAAUUCUUUGAUUUUGUUCAGAAUUUAUAUAAAUUUUUUACAGUAAGUACAGAAAUAUACCGAAUUCUAACUGAAAAAUUAUCGGAAAAAAGAAACAAACAGUUUUACGUGUUGAAAAGGCUUAGCGAUACACGCUGGUCUUGUCGAGCUGAAGCUACGAAAGCUAUUGCCGACGGUUAUUCUGAAAUCAAAGAAGCUCUUACCAGCAUAUCUUGUGAUAAGGAGCAAAAAGAGAUCGUGAGAAUUGCAAGCAACGCAUCUUUAGGAGAAGAUGAGUUGUCUCGAAACCGCUCUAUUUGCCAUCUUUUGAAACGACAUUUUGGAGCGAUUUAA